AGAGAGAGAGAGAGAAAGAGAUUCUAUACACAGGAACUGCCGCAGUUUUAAAGAGACAAUCCAUUCCCCGACCUUCCUACAUUUCCACCCCUGACACACCCACAACACAAUUUCUUCUUCUAUCACUAAUUCACUAAUUAAGAGAAGAAAACAAAUCGCUGCCAACGCCACCAGCAAGGGACACUCUACGUGGUUGCAGGCGUUGCUAUAAAUAGCAGCUAAAUAGCUUUUAAAAUCACGCCUUACUUCCCUCAGAAAACCGAGGGAUACAUUGCAUAAUAAUGAUCCCAGAUAUACUGGAUUGGAAUAGAAGACGGGGUGGUCACGGACGGAACACUGUUUAUCACAUAUCUGCUUGAUCGGGGCUGAUCCCAGGCUAAACAACAUCAACAAACUGUCUCCAUAUCUAUCAUUGAACAACAACAACACUGCAAUUAUUCGUGCAAUGUGCUCCGAGGUGUUCCGCAUCAAGAGGAAUACCACAAAAAGACAUUAGCAAAAAGACGACCGAAAAUAGUGCAAAGAUUUAAAAAGCAUCACCAGCAACAACAAUAACAACAACACACCCAUAGACAUUUCUGCCAAUAAUAUCUAGGUUAUCUGCAGUGUAUUGUACAAAUAAAAGGCUUCGAUCAACUCUUGACUACCUUAAUUUGAUUUUUGUUUCACACACACAUAUAUUUAUACGGACGCAUAUAUAUAUAUAUAUAUAUACACUCACCCUUUAAUUUAGUUUGAUUCCCUGAUUGUCUCUUCUAGUCCCUAUCUUCGCUAAAGACAAACUAUCCUUACUUCUGUCCUUCUUUUUCUACUGUUUCUGCCAGAAGAACUCUCAGAAGUCAGCCCCUCUCUUUCUUUCUCUCCCUCUUUCUCUCUCUCUCUCUCUCUCUCCUUCUUUAGCUCUUUCUGCUUACACUUUCUCUCCCCCACACUCCAUAUCCGUUCCCGGUGUAGAAGUAUCAUAACUCACCGUUUCUCUAUCCCCACAUCUCUUUGUCCACAUCCGUUCCCCGGUAAAACUCUCAUAACCCGCUGUCUACCGGCGAUGUUACCAGAGCUUGUUGUAGCAACAACGAGAUGGUCAGACUCUUGGGUGCUCUGACGACAUUUUGGCAUCGUUCCUUAUCACCACCACCUUCUUCAACUUCUCAACUACCUCAACGAUCACCAACAUCUUCCUCAUCAUUAUCAUUAUCCUCAUCGCCGUCAUUAUCGCCUUUAUUAAUAAUAAUCAGACUAUUGUUGUUGUUUGUGCUCUUGGCCGACGACGUCUCCUCUUACACACCACCAUGGACGGAGAUCGACCUCGGCUCUGGCAGGCCACUGGGAGUGAUUACCACAAGUUAUGCAUGGAUUGUACUGGUCGGAGUUUCCGCCCUCACUCCAUCGCUCGUCUUCGGACAUAUGUGUCAACAUCGUUCACCUAAAGCAGACGAGGUCAUCCACGAUGUCCAUCUCGAGCCAGCCCACAUCAUACGUAAGAGAAGUGUUGACCAACCACUUCGUAUUUACUUACAUUACGAUAAAAGUGUAUCGCUUUUGCCAUCAAGGAAAUACCGGGAUUUACUUCAGAAAGACAUUUUACCCAAAGCUGUCCGUUACUGGCAAGACACACUCAGGGUUCGGGCCACACGUGUACCAAUUCGACUGCGCAGGAAAUGCAAAUCAGGGAAGGUAGGCUACGAAAACCAAACACUAUUUUGCAGAGGAGAAUGUGACAAAAAAACCAUCUGUGGUGACAUCACCAUACCUGAGGAACACCUGGAGACAUGUUUUUGUGUUGAUUGUGAUGAAAGCAGCAAAGGUACAAGAGGGCCUGGGGUCAGCAAUGCUGACUUCAUCCUUUACGUAGCCACACUCUCUUCAGAACGUUGUCGCCAUGGGAACACAGUUGCCUAUGCAGCUUACUGCCAACAAGAAAGAGCUCUCGACAGGCCCGUUGCUGGAUAUUUUAGUAUCUGUCCAUAUUUCCUAUCAACAAGUCCACAGCAAACCAAACAGCUUUUGUCGACUAUUAAACACGAAAUCCUUCAUGCAUUGGGUUUUACAGCUGGGCUGUAUGCAUUUUAUCGAGAUCAAGAUGGUAACCCUCUGACCACUCGGGAAGGAUAUGACAAUAAACCUAUAUACAACCGCACCCUUGAUUUGUAUCAGCCAAGUGAAAAGGUUGUCCGUCGGAUCGAACGUCCCAACUGGUUGCUACAGUCAGGCCAAGAAAACCGGUCAGUUUGGAUGAUAGUCACACCAAAAGUUGUCGAAGAGGUUCGUCGUCAUUUCAAUUGUUCAACAUUAGAAGGUGCUGAACUUGAGGACCAACUAAUGAAUGGCAAAACUUUGGCUGAUGGUCUCAUUGAUGGGACAGCUUUUACUCAUUGGGAGAAACGAGUAUUUGAGAAUGAAGCUAUGACUGGCACCUACACCCAGAACCCUGUCAUCUCUCGAAUCACUUUGGCAUUAAUGGAAGACACUGGAUGGUACCGAGUGAAUUAUGAUAAUGCCAAAGAAUAUGAAUGGGGCAAAGACUUGGGAUGUGACUUUGUCAAAACUAAUUGCUAUGAAUGGAUAAAGAAUAAAUCAGAAAGAAAGGAGAGCAUCCAUCCCUUUUGUAACCAGGUGAAAUGGGGACAGUUACACACUGAUUGUACAAACAACCGGCACUCUGUUGCGGUCUGCAAUUUGGUUCAGCAUAAGUCACCUUUGCCAGAGAAAUAUCAGCAUUUCUCUGAAUUGGAGGGUGUAUCUUCAGAUGAUGUGAAACGCUUUGGUGGUUCUGUUGAUCUUGCAGACCAUUGUCCAUAUCUUCAGGAAUUACUAUGGAAAAGUGGUGAUUCUUCAAUUCGUGGAUCACGUUGCACUGAGGAACAUAACAAUUUAGACGUGAAACACAAUUACUUUCUGGAGAAAUAUGGCAACACAUCUCGCUGCUUCAAUCAUGAUGGAAUGUGGCACUUGCAACAUUGUGGAAAAACUGUACAAACCCAACACAUGGGAAGUGGAUGUUACGAAUUUGAGUGUGACCCAGAAGAAGGGCUUAGCAUCAUCGUCCAGUCGAAGCGUCACCGAUGCUACAAAGAAGGUCAAAGAGUGUCAAUUUUCUAUGAUUCAACCCAGUUGCGGCAUCAAGGUUCCAUUAUUUGUCCUGCUUGCGAUGAAAUUUGUCAGGAACUCGGUAUACCAUGUCCUGCUGAGACGGAGCCCCCAGAGAUCAAAGUCGAUACGUCUAACUCACUGCCUCCUUACCCUUGUCAUGGAACAUUCCUGAGAGUUACCGAUAUCUUCCACGUGUGCUAUAUAUCAGUUCAAGUCCUUCUUACACAGAUUCUCAUUGCAAAACUUUCUCCGACAGAUAUUCUCUUUAACAUAUUUUGACAAACAGAAAAACACAAACAAAUGAAAAACAGAAUCAAAACAGGAAGCCAUCAGGUUCUCAUUUGUAUAUCAAAACCAUCAGGUCUUCAGCAUUUAAACCAGCCACACCCAGCUAAAAUAUCUUACCUGUUUUGUGUUCAAACCAGCCGUGUCUGGUCUCUCACACCUACCCUACAAUGUCAUUCUAAA